AUGGCCAAAGACGACAGCCAGACGAUUUCGGUCCCGUACCUCCUCAUCCUCCUCGUCCUCGCAGCCGCCAUCCUCCGCCUGCUCUUCUUCUCGAACUCGUCAGGCGGCACCCCGCCCGCGGGUCGGCACAACCCGCUCAACGUCCUGCGGGCGCGCGAGGCGGCCGUCGAGCGCAUACAGCAAAUGUUCCCGCAGGUCGAGCGACGGACCAUCCUGUGGGACCUGCAGCGUAACGGAGGCAACGUGCAGACGACGAGCGAGAGGAUCCUGGCUGGACGCAUCGAGACGCCUCCCAUCACCUUCCAGCCUCCCCCUCCCGCCGGCGCGCCGGCCACGGGCUCUGGCAGCACGAACGCCGCAGCAGCGGCGCUGAAGCAGGCGGGCAAGCCGACGCAGCCGGACCUCAUCACGCGCUACAAGCUGGAGGGCAAGAUCGGGGCGGCCGAGGAGGAGCAGAAGAGGCAGCAGGACCGGACGGGGAAGGCGUGGAGCUCCGAUCGCGACGAGCGGCAGGCGGCGCUGCAGAGGCGGCGCGACGACAUGAUCUUACAGGCCAGGAAGAAGAUGGAGGCCAAGAUUGCGGCGGAGAAGGCUGGUGCGGCGCCGGCUUGA